AUGCAGCUCAACGAAGUCAAGCGCGAAAUCAGGCCGGGCGUGAAUCCAAACACGGGAGAGCCUACGACAGACCUACACGUAGCCACACCGCAAAUCGGGCCCGACGAAGGUGCAGUCAUCAAUACUGCUGUCUCAGCUACUACUCCGGCAGACGGGGAGAAACACAGUCAGAGGGAUGCAAUCAAGACUAGCAACCAAGCACGAAUAUUAAGGUCAACGCGAAUGCGGGGGAUGGCCACCAACGUUCAGAUACCGCCCCCCGACGAGGGACAGGCAGAUGGGCAGCAGUCACCCUCCCUCCCGCUCUGCCCCGGCGACUACAGAGACGACCCCUGUGCGGAUGAGGGCCAUUAG